AUGUCUCUUGGAGAAGCUGAUACCAUACGGAUUCUCGUCUCAACCGACAAUCAUGUUGGAUACAACGAACGCGACCCAAUCCGCGGGGAUGACUCGUGGACGACCUUCCAUGAGGUCAUGUGCCUCGCAAAGGAGCGCGACGUUGACAUGGUUUUACUCGCAGGCGACCUAUUCCACGAGAACAAGCCUUCGCGAAAGUCAAUGUAUCAGGUUAUGCGCUCUUUGCGUAUGAAUUGCUACGGCGACAAGCCAUGUGAGCUAGAGAUUCUAAGCGAUGCGAGCGAGAAUUUCCAGGGAGCCUUUAACCAUGUAAACUAUGAGGAUUUGGAUAUCAAUGUCGCCAUACCAGUAUUUUCGAUCCAUGGAAACCACGAUGACCCAUCAGGAGAAGGCCAUUUGGCGGCCUUGGACAUCCUGCAGGUGUCGGGACUGCUCAACUAUUACGGCCGCACUCCAGAGUCCGAUAAUGUCCAGGUCAAACCUGUCCUCCUACAGAAAGGCCGGACGAAACUAGCCCUUUACGGAUUGAGUAACGUACGGGAUGAGCGGCUCUUUCGAACUUUUCGAGACGGCAAGGUGAAAUUCUUCCGGCCUUCGAUGCAACAGAGUGACUGGUUCAAUCUUCUGAGCGUGCACCAGAAUCACCACUCGCGCACAGAGACCGGAUACCUCCCAGAAACCUUUUUGCCCGACUUUAUGGACAUGGUUAUAUGGGGUCACGAGCAUGAAUGUCUGAUAGAACCGCGUCUCAACCCAGAGACCAAUUUCCAUGUUAUACAACCAGGAUCUUCCGUUGCCACGUCCUUGGUGGCUGGCGAAGCAGUGACAAAGCAUGUGACGAUCCUGAGCAUCACCGGCCGCGAAUUCAAAUCUGAACCUAUUCGUCUGAAAACGGUCCGCCCGUUUGUAAUGAAAGACAUUGUGCUCUACGAAGAGAAAGAAGCUCAGAAGCUAGCAAGGAAAGAAAACAACCGAACAGAAGUCACCCGCUUUUUGAUGACUCUCGUGGAUGAACUUAUAGAGGAAGCGAAAAAUGACUGGCUCGAAUCUCAGGACGGUUUCAACGGUGAAGACUCGGAGAUACCAUUGCCAUUGGUUAGGCUUCGUGUGGACACGUCCAUUCCGGAGGGAGGAAGCUUUGACUGUGAAAACCCGCAGCGUUUCUCCAACCGGUUUGUGGGUAAAGUCGCGAAUGUGAACGAUGUGAUUCAAUUUCAUCGCAAAAAGAAGGCUACAACGCUCACUCGGGGUGACGCAAACGCACCUGACGAGACAGUAGUAUCUCACCUCGCCUCGUUGGACACCGUCAAAGUCGAACGGCUCGUCCGCGAAUUCCUAACUGCACAGUCUCUCACCAUUCUCCCACAGAAUUCUUUUGGAGACGCAGUGUCCCAGUUCAUCGACAAAGAUGACAAACAUGCCAUGGAAAUGUUUCUCAAUGAAUCGCUGGAAAGCCAAAUUAAGCACUUGAUGAACCUAGAUCGGGACGCCGAAGAGGGGAGUGACUACGACGAGGAAGGCGCACGCCAAACCCUCCAGGCUGCAAUGGAUCAAUAUCGUGGCCAGUUAGAGGAACUGUUCUCCAAAGGCAAAGGCAAACGAAAAGGAGGCAAGAGGCGGUUCAAGCCUAGACCCGAUGGUUGGGAAAGUGAGUUCGAUGGAGCAUGGGAAGAUCAACCUGGCGCAUUGAUACACUCCGAUAAUGAGGGAGAUCCGAAUGCGGAAGAGGAAGAAGAUGAAGUACCCGCUACAAACCGGAGACGCGGGACUGCUGCGACGGCGACCCGUGGAGCUAGGGGUGGCAGGGCACGAGGGACAGCAUCAUCCAGGGGCAAGAUAGCGACAACAUCUACGCGUGGUCGCGGCCGCGGCCGCGAUCGACAAGUUGUAUCCGAGGAUGAUGAGGACAAUGCAGACGACAGACAGCAAGAGCACGUCAUGCUCAACGAGGACGAUGAGGAUAUAGAUAUGGAUGACGACUCCCUCUUCGUCCGACAACCAUCUACCACGAAAUCUCGCGCUACCGCUACAGCUCCGUCUUCCCGAGCCCGCAAGACCACAACAACCGCCGCGUCGGCUCGCAAUCCACCUGCACGGUCCACGGCCGCUACGCGCGGCAAACAGUCUCAAGCAACGCUAAAUUUCAGCCGUGGCUCACAACCUAGCCAAAGCCAAACAAUCGCCGGGACAAGUAGUACCAGCGGUGCAGGUAGGCGGCCAACACGGAGUGCGGCCUCAAAAACAAACAUUGUGAUUAGUGACAUUGAAGAUGAUGAGGAUGACGAUGCGUUUGAACCCAUCCCGGCGUCGAGUACUAGGAGUCGGAGGAGAUAA